AUGGAGAACUAUCAAUAUCCGUCCUACCCUGACUCCGGCGACUCCUCGCCGCGUUCCAGGGAGAUCGACUUCGAGAACCCGCCGCCCUGGGACGAGCAGCAGAGUCAGAACUACAAGGCCAAGUUCAUGUGCAGCUACGGCGGCAAGAUCCAGCCGCGAACCCACGACAACCAGCUCUCCUAUGUCGGCGGCGACACCAAGAUCCUCGCCGUCGACCGCACCAUCAAGUUCGCCUCCUUCCUCUCCAAGCUCGCCGCGCUCUGCGACGCCACGCCGCAGGACCUCACCUUCAAGUACCAACUCCCUGGCGAGGACCUUGACGCCCUAAUCUCCGUCACCAACGACGAUGACCUCGAACACAUGAUGCACGAGUACGAUCGCCUCUAUCGCCCUAACUCCAAACCCGUCAGGAUGAGACUCUUCCUCUUCACGCUCUCCUCAAACCCUAAUUCCUCUUUCUCCUCCGACCGCGAUCGCUUUGUCGACGCUCUUAACUCUGCUCCAAUUCCUCCGCAACCCGACCCCAUCAAAACCCCUCCAGUUACUCCUUCGAAUGUUGAUUACCUCUUCGGUCUGGACAAGGCCGUUGCUCCUCCCACUCUCCCCCCUUCCUUCGCCGCAGUUAAGUUUCAUGAUCCCGCACCAGAGCCUGUCGCGCCGCCGCCGGAGUAUCAGUCCCGCGGCGGAAUAUCCGUUUCUGAUCGCGCCGUCGGAUCGGAUCCGAACGCGAUCGAGAUUCAGAGACAGUUGCAGCAGGAGAUGCAGCGUUUGCAGAUGGCUGAGAAUGAAUACCGGAGGAGGAGUGAGGAUGGUUUCGCCGGUGGCUUUACUGCUGCCGGGGGGGAUUAUUACAUGCAGAAGAUGCCGGAGAAGGUUCCGCCAACUAAUGCACCGCAUCCCGCCGGUUACUGGCAGGAGAAACAGUUUUCUGGCGAGGGUUUCCAGACAACGGUCACGACGGCUCCAGGAGGUGGUGAUCAGCAGGUCUAUGUUAUCCCGGCGCCGGGGACGUUCUACCACGCGCCGGUGGUGCGGCCUCCGGCGGCGCAGGGCUACUACGCGGUGCAGAGAAUGGGGUCUGAGGGUUACCGUGAGCAGGCGGUGUACGGCGGUAUGGCUCCACCUAAGCCUGCGUUUUCAUCGGCGGGGCCGGCGCAGCCGGUUAAGCCUUCGGGGUAUCCGGAGGGAUACGGCGUCGUGAGGCCUCCUGGGGUGCCGGAUAAUGCGGCGUACGCUCAGGUGGCGUAUGAUAGUGCGAGCGGGAGGCAGGUUUACUACACUGCGCAGGGAGGGGUGGUGCACGCGCCGCCGCAGUACCAAGGGGUUCCUCCGGUGGUGGGCUCGGAUGUGAGGCCGGUUGGGGUUUCGGUGGGCCAGGAUGUUAAGGUGGUUAACAAGGUUAACCAAGGUUCUGUGUGA